AUGAAGCUCCUGAUUCUCGCUGUGUUUGCCCUGUUCUACGUGGCCCACUGUGAGGAAGGGGCCAGGCUCCUGGCCUUCAAAUCGCUAUUAAACGGAUACGCUGUGGGGGACUGGACUCUGUGGGACAUCAUCUGCACCGCUGGCUCCAGUGCUGCCUUAAAUACGGAGCUGUCGGAUCAUUCUUUACCCUCGGAGGAUUUUGGCGUUGUCUGCGGGAUGUUCAAUGUCAAAUGGCUCCAGAUUGCUCAAGCGAGUAACGUCUCCCACACUGUGAUUCCGCGGCCUCUUGAAGCCGGUUACUUCAACUUCACCUCUGCUGCCAUCACGUACCUGGCACGGGAGGGCGGACAGGCGAUGGUUGGUUUCGUGAGUGCUCCUGGGCGGGGAUGAAUCCUGGCUCAGCACGAGUUUGACAGGAGGUUCUCGCCUCGCUUUCUGGACCGGGCAGCUUUUGGCAUGAUGACCCUGCCCUCCAUCGAGAUGCUGCUGCUGUGGGACUUGAGCAAGAGAAAAUACGACACCCCCGAGAGCAAAAAGAAGCGAGCAAAGCCAAAUGCCACCAGCACCCCAGAGCUCGGGAGAGAGCAAACAUCAACCCGCCCAGACCUGCGG